AAGUCUCGCCAGAUCUCGUUGCCUUCUCUGUAGUGUUUAAGGUGUUUGCCCUCGGAGGUGUCGGGUCAUGGUGCUCGCUCCUCAUUUGUAUUUGUAAAUUGGAUUUUUGGAUUUCAAUAUCUAAAUUAUUUGCAGAUAUCUAUUAGAUAUGGCAAAAAUGGGAGUACGGAAGAAUAUUUUCAAAAUUGGAAUUUUCUUUGUAAUGUGUUGUGGUGUUGUGUAUAGUGACUCCGAAGAUGAGGUCGGUACUACAUCCGAUAAUAGUGAUUCGGUGAUAACACUCGCAACAACUGUAGCAUAUUCUGGUGGUGAACAAACACCACCUCCACAACCUACAGAGGACACAUAUUAUAAAGAGGAGGAUGAUAAUAUGAAUUUAUUCGGAGGGUUUUUGACUGAUCUGUAUGAGAAAGAAAAUGUUGCAAAAGUAGACGACGGGCAAAUCACCACAGUCGACGAAGUUACAACCGAAAGCACGGUGAAUCAUGCUAUUCAGGAGUCUAACGUCGUGCCUGAUGUGUAUUUGGAUGAUUCAGAAGAAGCAGAGGAUUACGAGACAUAUGGAGGAGAUUUUAACAUUCUUGACAAAAUAAGUUCCCAGUCUUCAAAAAAAGAAAGUAGUUCAGGUGGAUCCGGCAGUUCGUCAAGUGAUGAAUCCUCAUCUAGUGAAAAUAAUGAAGGAGUAAAGGAUGAUGGUUUGAACGUAAAAUCAGACAGUAUGUUAAGUUCAAGUGAAGUGGCACGCAGCUCAAACGAAGGAUCAACAGGUUCGGAUAGUUCAAGUAGUGAAUCUAAUGGUGGAAACAACCACGAAUCAGGAGAGUUAGAUGGAGAUGUGAAAUCCAACAAUGGAUUCAGUCUUACAGUUCCAUCUGGAGACAGCAGCGACGAUUCCUCCAGUGAAGAUUCAGGUGAUGGGAACUCUGAGAGAAAAAAAUGCAAAUGUAAGGAUAAAGAAGGAGAUGGUGAUAACAAAUCAGGAUCUAGCGAGAAUGGAGACGGGUCUAACAGUGGUGAAUCAGGUAGUAGUAGUGACUCAGGCAGCAGUGGAUCAUUCAGUGGAAAUACGGACGAAGAUUCGUCACGUGGUGGAAAAGUCGGAGACCAAGGUGACUCAAGUAGUGGAGGUAGCUACUAUGAUUCUUAUAGUGAAGAGUACAGUAGCAGUGAAAGUGUUGAAGAACCUGAGAUCCCAACAGAUAGCCCUAACACUCCAAACUCCCCUAAACAGGGACGGGACCAUGGCCUUGAUAAAGAACGAAAAGACUACGGUACUUCCAUUCACCGUCUUUUCCAACAUAAUACCAACACUCUUGUAAAAGUAGUGAAUAGAUAUUCCUCUGAUACUCCAUCUGGUCCAGGGGGAAAUGAUCUUUCUCGAAACUUCUUCCCUCGCAUAUCAACUCAUCAGUCAAAAUCUGGGCCUCCAAUAGCAUCUUAUAUUGUCCCACUUUCCACCACACCACCUCCAGUAAGUGGUGGACCGCCUAGCAUCACAGAAAUCACAAGAAAAGUACAUAUACGGGAAUAUCUUGAACCACCUGUUAUCCGUGAUUACAAUCUGACCCCAAAAACCUCGUUCUGGUUGCCACCAGAUGUCGCUAAACCUCCAGAGUGGCAGGAUCAGAAAGAAUGGAUAAAUAUCAAAAUUGACUUGGAGAAACCUGCUCACUGGAUAGAAGAUCCCAACUCUAAUGGAAGCAUCCCUCGUUGGAACAUCCCAUAUAUCCCUCCCGAUUGGUUCAAAAAACAAAACGAAGAGAAACACACUACUCAGCUUCAUUUCGAACUAACAACACCUGAUCCCAAUAUGGUUCAUUGGUCACCGAGGCCAAAGGAAGAUAGGACGACACAUGUUCCAGAAUACUUAGCCAGGAAACGAGUCUGUGACAGGAAAUUUGACAUCGUGCUGGCAAUAGAUGGUACAGGCAACGAAAAGGACUUCGGGUAUUUGAAAGGAGCUCUAGUACAACUCCUGGACCGGCUUAUCAUGGGGGAGAACAAGGUACAGGUGGGCGUGGUGUUGCUAGGUAAUAACGACGCUCUACAGAUACCUGUCAGUGGGGAUCGUUCGGACCUGGAGGACAGGAUUGCUCGAUUAGGUUUACCUGAAGACAGCAACAGAUAUGAUAUUGCGUUGAAAUCAGCUGGGGAACUUGUUGAGACACAGGGCAGGAAGGGCGUCUCUAAAGUAAUAAUCGUGAUUGUCAAUGAUAAAUCCCGAUACGACUUUUACACCCAAAUGGAAGCAGCACGUCUUCAUAGAAGAGGAAUCUCCGUAUUUACCGUGGGUGUUGGAUACAAUACAAAUGAAGAAGAAUUAAAACUCAUAUCCUCUAAAGAAAACGAGAUUAUUCGUGUGAAGAAUUACGUUCACCUUGUCUAUCUGAUGACUGGGUAUGUCCAGCUGUUUUGUAACGUGGACGAUAACUAUCUUCUACCACCAACCCUAGCCCCACCUCAUCAGACUGUAACGCCAAGAGGCAAUAUAAUCACUAAACUGACUACAGACGUGAAUUCAGAACCGACUCCUAGGGAAGCAAAAAUACUCUGUGAAGGUUGUAAAAUGAUCAAUGGUGCUGGAUUCAACAGUCAUCCUAAUAAAUGUAACUUGUUUGUCCAUUGUUAUUAUGGAGAAAUUGGGCGUCUCAGAGCAAUGAUACAACGGUGUCCAUUUGGUCAAUUUUGGAAUCAGACUAUUCUAUCUUGUCAGUAUUCACAAAGAUCCUAUUGUCCUGUGGAUCGCUGCAGCAAGGUACGAGAGCAGGAGUACGAAGAAAAAGAAAACUGUCGCGCAUUCUGGGAGUGUUCGAAUGGCUAUUCCAUUGGAAGAUGUUGCCGAUUUGGAUUUCAAUAUGUGAAAGGCAAAGGAUGUGUCAGGGAUGUUGAUCAGACCUGUCGUAAAAGCUGCCCAUUAAAUUCACCUGUGGAAUUGAACUCUUAUAACACACCUACAAGGCCAGCUUGUGACAAAAUUCCAAUCGCUAACGAUAGAAACAAUUACAAGCAGCUAAUGAUGGGAAUCGGAUACGUCACAAUGCCUUGUCCAGAGGGGACGCAAUAUAACGAAAGAAAGUGCACAUGCUCAGUAAUAGAACCCGGUUACCCUACAUUUAAAGCGCCUGACGUCCAGAAACCGGUUGCUGGCUGUACACCUGAGGUGAAAUUAAACUUCAAUAAUGGUGUCACAGAUGCAUCCGGAAAAUGGACUUAUAUUAGUAAUGAAAAUGUAGGAGUUCAAGAUGGAAUGGGAUUCUUCAAUGGGAAAAGUCGAUUGCUCAUUCCUAGGUUCACAAAUGUUGACUUCGGCAAAACCUUAGUAAUACGUCUACGUUACAAGGAACUUGAAAAAUUAGGGUUUAAUGACUCACAAGCAUUAAUUAACAACGGAGAUUGCGGCGAUGUUGGAUCCAUUCAAGUUUUUACAAAACGCAAUUUCGUUGGAUAUACGGUGAAAACAACACGACAACCCGGUCACGUGGCAUUGCAACUUCACAAACCACUUUCGGAGUGGAAAGAUGUCGAAUAUAUUGUGUCUGAUGGAAAACUUGAAGGUGUAUUAAAUGGAGCAUACGCCUCAAAGAGUUCACUAGGCGAUGUAGAGUCAAGACAAUGUGCUCUUCAGGUCGGUUUUGGACCUGGUCAUAGAAACUUUCGAGGUUACCUAUCUAUGUUGGAAAUCUACCUAUGCAAACCAGAAAAAGCGAUGAAGUAUUCUUGAUAGGCUCUUCGUCCUUUACAUGCUUAGAAAUCCAGGUUUUAAAGGAGAACAAACUAUAUACAAAGUAUUAGUAUGAUAAGACACGUUGAAAAAUAUAUCACGAGAUUAUUUCAGUCAAAGUGCCUCUGGAUUCCUAUUUUUAAAAUGACAUAAGAAAUCCUUCACUUUGAAAAUACCUUUUCGAACACGCACGCCACAAUCUGAUUUGUUUUGUUUUUAUAUAUAUGCUCUAAGACGCAGCUGUGUUUCCUGUGCAUCUUUUAUACUGUAUUUUCUGUGUACAUAUACCUCAUACGUGUAUCAACUAGCACACUUGUAUAUAAAACAUCCUCCAUAUUAAUAUCAUUAUUUGAUCGUUAUAAAUCAGGGAUAUAACAAGGCAGAAUUAAAAAGUGAUAAUAUCCGAUUCCUAUAAGUGUAUAUUACACAAUAAAAAAGCGUUGACCAUUGUGUUCAUCGUGUGAGUUCUUUACAGUCACAAUAGCAUUAAGUUAACAUUGAAUUAUGAAGUUAUGGUUGUGUACAAUCUGUGCUCAUGCUGUGAAAAAGUUGUUUUUGUCUCAUAUUUUAUAUUAAAUAAUCUAUGAAAUCUCA